GCACAGAGGACCCAGGCACCCAGGGUCGGGUGGGGGGAGCCCCCCAUGCGGCCCCUGCGCAGCCCCGCCGCCCUGGGGCUCCUGGCCGCGGCGCUGGUGCUGAGCGGCUGCGGGGGCCGGAGCCAGGCGAGCCCAGAGCCAGAGCCUGUUCUCCAGCCGGCCCCUGGCUACGACAUCGUCCAUCCCAUCAAGGUGGACGAGAGCGGGUCUUUUCUGUCCUAUGAUCUCUCUCACCGCGUGGUUCACAAGAGGGCCCUCUCCCCAAGGACCGGUUCGCCUGCCUUUUAUGAACUGCGUUACAAAGGACAGCACCUGAGGUUCAACUUAAGCCUCAACAGCCGGCUCCUGGCUCCUGGGUUUGUGAGCGAGUGGCGCUAUGGAGGAAUCGCUGAGGCCAAGAUCCGCUCCUACGGUCACAAUUCCUGCCACAUGCUUGGAGAGGUUCGGAGCCCGGCGCUGAAAGGGGGUUUGGCAGCUGUGAGCACCUGUGAUGGGCUGAAAGGUGCAUUUCGGCUUGCUAACGAAGACUAUUUAAUUGAGCCUCUGGCUGUAAAUAUGCAUGGGGACCACACAGCCCAACCCCACCGGAUAUAUAAACGCCAUGCACCAGAACAUGGGCAAGAAGACUUGAUGGUGGAAUCCAGCAGAAAGCAAAAGAGGAACCAGCCCAGUACUGUGAGAACAUGUGGUGUGCAAGAAUCGCAGAAGAGCCUGGAGAAGUCUGAGAAACGGCGGGAACGCUGGGAGCAGAAACAGCAGAAGAAGCGGAGGAUAAAGCAGCGCUCCAUCAGCAAGGAGAAGUGGGUGGAAACCCUGGUGGUAGCAGAUACCAAGAUGGUGGAAUAUCAUGGGAGUGAAAACAUCGAGAAAUACGUCCUGACUGUCAUGAACAUGGUGGCAGGUAUAUUCCACGAUGCCAGCAUCGGAAACCCUAUCAACAUUGCCAUUGUGCGGCUAAUCCUGCUGGAAGAUGACGAGGAGGAGCUGAAAAUCACCCACCACGCUGACAACACCCUGAGAAGCUUUUGCAAGUGGCAGAAAAGCAUCAAUGUGAAAGGAGACUCCCACCCACAGCAUCACGACGUGGCCGUCCUGCUUACGAGGAAAGACAUCUGUGCAGCCAUGAACCGGCCGUGUGAGACUCUGGGUCUGUCUCAUGUGUCAGGAAUGUGCCAGCCCCACCGAAGCUGCAAUAUCAAUGAGGAUACAGGCCUGCCCCUGGCUUUCACCGUGGCACACGAACUUGGACACAGUUUUGGGAUUCAGCAUGAUGGAAGCGGCAAUGACUGUGAGCCAGUUGGGAAAAGACCUUUCGUCAUGUCUCCACAGCUCCUGUAUGACACCUCUCCACUCACUUGGUCGCGCUGCAGCAGGGAAUACAUCACACGGUUCCUUGACCGGGGCUGGGGUCUGUGUCUGGAUGACCCACCGGCCAAGGACGUGGUUGACUUCCCCUUAGUCCCCCCUGGAGUCCUCUACGACGUUAGCCACCAGUGCCGGCUGCAGUACGGACAAUAUUCCACCUUCUGUGAUGACAUGGAUAGCGUCUGCAACACACUCUGGUGCACAGUGGGCAACACGUGCCACUCGAAGCUGGACGCGGCUGUGGACGGCACCAAGUGUGGCGAGAACAAGUGGUGCUUCAAUGGCGAGUGCGUGCCAGUGGGCUUCCGCCCCGACGCCAUCGAUGGCAGCUGGGGAGCCUGGAGUUCCUGGGCGAGCUGCUCGCGGACGUGCAGCACUGGCGUGCAAAACGCGGAGCGCCAGUGCAGCAACCCCACGCCAAAGUAUGGCGGGAAAUACUGUCUCGGUGAGAGGAAGCGGUUUCGCAUCUGUAACAUCAAGCCGUGCCCCACCGACAAACCGUCUUUCCGUCAGCUCCAGUGCAGCCAGUUCGACCCCAUGCCGUACAAGGGGAAGCUGUACAAGUGGACACCCGUGCUCCACAAUGUGAAUCUGUGUGAGUUGCACUGCCGCCCAGAAGACGACUAUUUUGCGGAAAAGCUCCGCGAUGCCGUCAUUGAUGGGACUCCGUGCUACGACGGGAACGGCAGCCGGGACAUCUGCAUCAAUGGUAUUUGCAAGAACGUGGGCUGCGACUACGAGAUCGACUCCAACGCCAUCGAGGACCGUUGCGGCGUGUGCCACGGUGAUGGGUCCACCUGCCAGACAGUGAAGAAGACAUUCGAGGAGAGCGAGGGGCUGGGUUAUGUUGACAUUGGGAUGAUCCCUGCUGGAGCCCGUGAGAUUAGGAUCGAAGAGGUGGCAGAAGCCGGGAAUUUUCUAGCUUUGAGGAGCGAAGAUCCUGAGAAAUACUUCCUGAAUGGCGGCUGGACCAUCCAGUGGAACGGGGACUACAAAGUGGCCGGGACAACUUUCACCUACGAGAGGACAGGCAACUGGGAGAACCUCACGUCCCCCGGGCCCACAGUGGAGCCGGUCUGGAUCCAGCUGCUGUUUCAGGAGAGUAACCCAGGGGUUCGCUACCAAUACACCAUCCGCAGGGAGUCUGAUAACGAGAACGAGAUUCAGCCGGCAGAGUUUUUCUGGCACUACGGCUCCUGGACAAAGUGCACCGCGACCUGUGGGACAGGUGUUCAGAGACAGAUUGUGCACUGUGUUGAAAAGAUGGCGGGCAUCGUGGAGGAGCGGUACUGCGACUCGUUAAGCCGCCCCGACGACAGGCAGCGGACGUGCAGCGAGGAGUCCUGCCCCGCCAGAUGGUGGGCUGGCGAGUGGCAGAAGUGCUCUGCCACGUGCGGCGAAACAGGGCUCACGAGAAGGACGGUCCUCUGCAUCCAGAGCGUGGGGGUGGACGAACAGAGAGCCCUGCCACCCGAGGAGUGUCAGCCCCUCUCCAAGCCAGAAGCUGCCGGUCCCUGCAAUAGGGAUAUCGCCUGCCCUGCUCAGUGGGCUGUGGGCAACUGGUCCGAGUGUUCAGUAACAUGUGGAAAUGGGACACGGAGACGCCCUGUUUACUGCAGUAACAAUACUCAGAUGACCUGCGACCCUACAGAAAAGCCAGGGUCAGAAAUGACAUGCUCCCUACAGCCGUGCCAAAAGAAAAUAGAAAAUGCCAAUGCUGACUGGUCUGGCAGUGGGUCUUCCAGCAGAGAGCUGUUUAAUGAGAUACAUCACAUGCCCCAUAAUCACAUUGCUAAAUUUAGCCCUUCGAUUCCAAAUGUCCCAGAGUCCAACGACGUGAACGUCAUACCCGAGGAGGACUUUUCAUCCAGCAGCAACAAAAAGGGAAAUGUGUUUGUUGAUGACUUUUACUACGAUUAUAAUUUCAUCAAUUUCCAUGAAGACCUGUCCUAUGACCCUUUUGGUGCGAAGGACAUCAAGAGCGAUGGGCUUAAACCAGAGCCUGGGGACAAGACAGCUAAUAGUCUGGAAGAGUCCAAUGAAGUGUCUCCUGAUACUUCACAUGAGGAGAAACCAGGAGGAGACUCCAGCGAAGCAAUCUUAACAGGCAGCGAAACAAACCCGUCUGCAAAGGUGCAUGGUGACGAGCAGGAAGAUGCGGGGGCUCAAGUCAACAAAACCCUCUUCAGCGUAACUCAACGUGAGGUUAUCAAGACAACCCCUGCUGAUUAUACCACUUACUACAUGACAGACGAGGAAGAGGAGGAAAUGCAUACGCCGCUCUCCAAAGACCCUCCACCCACUCUGAGUGCAACGAGCCAUUAUUCUAUAAACAGCUAUGAUAAUCUGCCCACUGAUAACCCCCAAGGAGCCUUGCUGACAAGUACCAUUUCUACAAUCACCGACCUCGCUACCACGUCUCCUUAUUUGGCCAUUCGCUCUCCACCGCUGCCCGUUGACAAGAACAGCACCGGUGGGGAAGACACACACGCCAUUCUUGAAAGCACAGGAAAGCCUAAAAGCAGGGAAGAGGAUCAUGAAAGCACAGAGGUUCCUGAUAACAACAGCAAGAAAGACCACAUCUUGGCUGGCAUUACACAGAAAGGCCACGGAGACGCGAGUGACAUGGAUUCAGUCAUCGAUGAUAAUGACAACGGUGACGGUGAUGCUGCUGCUUCUGAAACCAAAGAUGCAGAUGCACAGGCAGGUAGGGCUGCAACAGAGGAGACAAUAGGCACCAGCCGGAGACCACCUACCCUGCCACCCCAGCUACAGACAAGUGAGUCACCGUACCCUGUAGCCUAUGCCACCCCUUUCCUCUCCCACGUGCCUACGGAUAAGCAGGAAAUGGGAGACAGCCAAAAAGAUGCUGAUUCUAUUCUGAGUAUAAACAGUUCACUGGACAAAGAGCUGGUCCAUGCAGGAGGUGCGCAGAACCAGACAGUCUCUUCCACCAUUGUUUUGCCCACCCAGGAUGUUCUAGCAGCCACCACAGCCCUAACAACCAGGCCAUCUACCCAAGUAAUUGAAAUGCUUACCCCAAGCAAUCCAGCCCACCCAGGCACCCAGACCCCUGCAGUGCCAAGAUCCUCCAGUCAAAGCCCUACAGCUGCUCCACCAGCAAUUCUGCCCACCUCACUAACCUCUACAGGGUGGGCUGAUGGAGACUCAGAGGAAAUGAAGAGGACUGAUCCCACCAUGCACAUUGCUGCCAGGGCCCACGAGACCACCCCAGCAGACAUACGCCAAAGUGCAGCCCCAGGGGAUGGGUCCCCACAGGGAACCCAAACCACGCUUGCCUACAGCAGCGGAGAACCUGAGCCCUCUCUCCCCACCCCAGUGCACCCAGAGCUGCCGCAGGAGGAGGAGGAGAACGUAGUGAAGGAGGAGUCUGUCCUCAGGGUCUCAGCUACGGAAGCAGCCCCAGUAACAGCCAGCUGGGAAGUUGGGAACUGGAGUCAGGUAAGUAGAGCUGAGACCUGUUCAUCAAGCAACAUGGGCAUUAGCUACCUGAACCAGCCAGGCUGGUCUCUCAUUUGGUCCAUGGGAGCUGGGCUGGUUUCACAAGUCAGUUCAGUUCCUUGGCCAGACUCCAACUGCAGGCAUUAUAUAUUGUUUACCCAGUGCUCCAAGAACUGCGGAGGGGGACUGCGGGUCCGGGACGUGCAUUGCAUCGACACCCGAGAUCAGAGGAUGUUGAGGCCUUUCCACUGUCAGGCUGUUCUCUACAAGCCACCCGUGCAGGCUCCAUGUCAAACCAAGCCUUGUCUGGACUGGUACACAUCCUCCUGGAGAGAGUGCUCCGAGUCAUGCGGAGGAGGACAGCAGGAGCGUCUGGUGACAUGCCCAGAGUUUGGACGGUGCGAGGAAAUGCUGAGGCCAAACAAUACGAGGCCCUGCAACGCUCAUCCAUGUACCGGCUGGGUGGUGGGAUCCUGGGGGCAGUGCACAGCUACCUGUGGAGGAGGCAUCCAGCGACGGCAGGUGAAAUGCAUGAACACUAAAACGGGUGCAGUUGAAGAAGACAGCAGCCUGUGUGACCACGAGCAGUGGCCAGAAAACACCCAGAAGUGCAAUCCUCAGGACUGUGACCACAGCGAGUCAAGCUUUGUCUGCGAGCGCGACCGCCUGACUUUCAGUUUCUGCCAAACCCUACGGAUCCUGGGAAGGUGCCACCUCCCGACGGUCAACGUGCAGUGUUGCCGAACCUGCCGCCAGCACGGGCAUGGCACCCGUGACCGGGGCAACGAACGUGCCUCCAGGAGGUGAAACCGUUUUGGUGGAAAGGUACUUUGUUUUGAGGGGGAGCAGAAGACGAAGAAUUGGAGAGGCUUCAAGAGAACAAAAACUAUGCAGCGAAGGAAAGGAAGUCUUUGACCACAACAUCGCUGUUCCUCUAGCGAUGCAGUGUUGCAACCGUGUUCCUCUGUGCAGAUCCAUAUGGUGCUCUUUAAAAACACAGGGACGUUUCGAUUUGUUUUAAUUUUUCAUUUUGUUUUGUGGAGGGGGGUUACUACAGUACAUGGUGCUCAGCUCAUCUGUCUGAAAACAGGAUCUGGCUCUCACUGCCUAGCACUUGGGUUCCUGCUGGUUACCAUGGAGAAACGCACCAUUUCUGAGCAGGUAGCAGAAAACAGCUCCAAUUUCCCGUCCUUUGGGUCACACCUAGAAGUAGCUGAUCUAGCAGGGAACACCUCAGAAGCCUAACAUAUAACAGCAGGAAUUGGGGGAGAUCUCUCAGAGGGGUUUAUGGUGCUAUCAUCUGACACUUUCAGCCUCCUGUUAAGUGUUGGCAGGCCAGCACAAAACCAACAGGGUCUUUUUAUUAUUUUAUAUAUGUGUGUGUAUAAGUGAGCAUCUGUCAUUCCAAACAGUGUAGCCAAUGGUUUUGUUCCUCAACAGACUUGACGCUGGCAAAAUAUGCAGAAGUAUGUUUACACAUCGAACUUAAUUCUUCAUAAUUCAAGAAGCUGAGGCCUGUCAGUAGGUGCAAGGGAGAGAUAAAUACCUGAACUAGUCUUUACCACCCAAAAUAUUAGGCUUGCAGAUCCCUCAGUACUCAGCACAUCUGAUUACUCUUUACUUUUUAAUACUGCUGCUGGUUUUCUGUGCAAAGCAGCUGCAUGUCUGCAUGCAUGCAUCUUGGCAGAAGGUAAGGGGUAGAGAUAUCAAACCAAGAAUGGAGGGAGGGAAACAGAUGUUGAAUUAAAAGUGCUACUGGACCAUUAGUAGGGAUCGAUGAAAAGUCCAGAGUCCUGCUCUAGCCUGUGUGACAAACAGCGCGUUUGGAUUGCAUAGCCUGCUGUUUUACCUUCUCUCUGUUAUUUCUCAGGAAGGCAUAAAUGGCAAACUGGAUUGUUAAUGACAACUGGAUUUCUGCACACCAUUCCAAUAUGUUAUAUGAGUUUAAGGGUUGAUUAAGGUUUUGCUUGCGUUCCUACAAAUUUUUAACUCUUUCUGCUUAUUAUAGAUUCACUUUUGUUCGAGUUAGUCUAUUCUUUUAACUAGAAUACCCAAUAUUGUACAAAGACAGGGUACAUGCAUACUACAUGUUCUUCUUUAUCAGGGUUCCAGGAAUGACUGUGUGUUAAUCCCUCAGUGUACCAGGAAGGAUUUACUAUUAUAUUGGUUCCUGGAAGAAGGUCAGAAACCUUUGGGUAGAGCUUCCUUUGUUGAUUACUCCUCAGGAAACAAAAGACGAUGACGUAAUUGGAGACAGCGAACAGUUUUAUUUGCAUUCAAGUGAAUGGGAUUUUCCCGUUGGUUUGAAUGGAACUUGAGCGCAGUUAUGUGCAAUACAGGCAUAUUGUUCCCAAUAUAGGAACACUUUUUGUAUGUGCCAGAUCACACACCUGGUGUGACACAAUCAAUCAAGAAGACAAGGGAAAUUCCUUUGUAUAAAUUGUAUGUAAAAUGCAGCUCAUGCCUUGACCACGUGUAUUUUUGUUUCUUUCCAAUGUGAUGUAAAUGUUUUCUAUUUAAAGGGAUUGCAUUUGCUCCUGUUUUAUUUCCCAACAAUAGUGUCUGUCCCAUACAACUUCACUGCAUUCAUCAGGGCUCUAAGAUUGUACUAAAAAUAGUCCCUAAGUUCAUUGGGUUUGGUUUGGGGUUGUUGGGUUUUUUUUGUUUUUUUACUGGAUGUAGCUCACAAGUUUGUUAAAUUAAAUUGCUAUAAAAGGAAGUUCAGUGUUUGCAAACUU